AUGCCUAGAAGGUUCCAAAUUUUAAGAAAGUUUGUCAAGUAUACCGUUUCAGGAAUUGCGCUCACCGCGGUAGGUGCAACCUCGUUCCUCGGAUACAAAAUCUAUCAAGAAUCAAGACCAGUCCAUCAAAUAAAACAAUCACCAACUUUUCCUAAUGGUGAAAAGAAAAAAUCAUUAGUAAUAUUGGGUUCUGGUUGGGGUGCCAUAUCAUUAUUGAAAAAUUUGGAUACUACAUUAUAUAAUGUUGUUCUUGUAUCUCCAAGAAACUAUUUUCUUUUCACUCCAUUGUUACCAAGUGUACCAACAGGAACCAUUGAUAUGAGAUCUAUUAUCGAACCAGUUAGAGCAAUCACAAGUAGAUGUCCAGGAGAAGUCUUAUAUUUAGAAGCAGAAGCAAUUGAUAUUGAUCCGACUCAAAACAAAUUGACAGUACAACAAUCAACUACCGUACAUUCGGGUCAUAGUGGUCAAAGUACCUCUUCAACAUGUACUCGUAUUGGUCAAGAACAUGGAAUGGACACUAUCACCACUGAUUUGAAUUAUGAUUACUUGGUUGUUUCCAUUGGUGCACAGCCAUCUACUUUUGGUAUCCCCGGUGUGGCUGAAAACUCGAUAUUUGUUAAAGAAGUAAAUGAUUCAGUUAAGAUUAAAAAGAAAUUGAUUGAUUUAGUAGAAGCUGCUAAUCUAUUACCUGAAAAUGAUCCUGAAAGAAAAAGAUUAUUACAAGUUUUAGUUUGUGGUGGUGGUCCAACUGGGGUUGAAACUGCUGGUGAGAUCCAAGAUUAUAUUGAUCAAGAUCUUAAAAAAUGGAUGCCUCAAAUUGCCAAAGAUAUGAAAGUUACUUUAGUUGAAAGUCAACCUGUUGUUUUACAUACAUUUAGUCCUAAAUUAGUUGAUUUUACUAAUCAUAUUUUCAAAGAUACCAAUAUUAAUUUGAUUACUAAUUCUAGAAUUGUCGAAGUUGAUAACACUCAUGCUUCUAUUUUUAACAAGAAAGAUCAUACAACCACCCCUAUGCCAUAUGGGAUGCUUAUAUGGGCAACAGGUAAUUCUACUAGAAAUUUUGUCCUGCGUUUAAUCGAAACAAUUCCUGAACAAACUAAUAGAAGAGGAUUUUUGGUAAAUGGAAAAUUAAAACUUAAUGGGUCUCUGAAUAUUUUUGCAUUAGGUGAUUGUACAAUAACUAAAUAUCCAGCAACAGCUCAAGUUGCAUUCCAACAAGGUUGUUUCUUAGCUAAAUAUUUUGGUAAAUUGCAAAAAGUGGAAUCAUUACGUUACAAGAUGCAACAUGAUCAAUCACAACAACCUCCAAGUGAAUUCUCCUUAAAGAGAUUACAUAAAUUAGAAAAGGCUUUACCGGAAUUUGUUUACAAUUACAGAGGUUCCUUAGCAUAUAUUGGAUCAGAAAAAGCCGUUGCUGAUGUUGCUGUUGGUUCUUGGUCAAAUGUCGCUGCUGGAGGAAAUUUGACAUAUUUAUUCUGGAGAUCAGCUUACGUUAUGAUGUGUUUAUCUAUAAAGAAUCAAGUAUUGGUCUGUUUUGAUUGGAUCAAAGUAUAUCUCUUUGGAAGAGACUGUUCUAGAGAGUAG